GAGCGCGAACCGAAUGGCAUCAUGGGUAAUGUAGUACGGCACCGCACAGCUCUCAGAACCGAUGUUGCAGGAAGACUACUGUUUGUUAUUUACACCGAAGGAAGAAAACAUUACGUAUUAGCAUCACGGCCUGGCUAACAUUCAGCAUGCGUUGGUCCUGUUGGGCAAGCAUCUCAAAAUUGUACAUGGUGUCUUCCUGUAAUUCCUGUGCACAAAGACUACAACAGUUUAGUUCACCAAGACUGUAUUCAGUAUUUAAUCGGUUUACUCCUAAGAAACUGAAUGACCUGACUUCUCAGCAGCCAGUGCGGGGCGUGAAGGGCCGUAAUCCCUUCACUCAGAACCAGGAGGAGGCAUGGAGAAAGAAGAAUAAAACUGUGCUCACGUAUAUAGCAGCAACAGCAAUUGGUAUGAUUGGCAUGUCGUAUGCUGCAGUCCCUCUUUACAGACUUUAUUGCCAGGCUACAGGUCUGGGAGGGACUGCAGUAGCUGGUCAUAAUGUGGAUCAAGUCGAGACCAUGGAGCCUGUGAAGGAUCGAGUUAUUAAAGUAACUUUCAAUGCUGAUGUCCAUGCCAGUCUGCAAUGGAACUUCAGACCUCAGCAAACUGAAAUCUAUGUUGUUCCUGGAGAAACGGCUUUGGCAUUCUAUAAAGCGAAAAAUCCUACUGACAAACCAGUCAUUGGAAUUUCUACUUAUAAUGUAGUACCAUUUGAUGCAGGGCAAUACUUCAAUAAAAUACAGGUCCAUCCAGGAUCCCUCCCCUUUGCUGUAGAGAGCGAUUGAGUGUCUGGUGGCACCAGGAGACACAGAAUGGAGGAGUACAUUGAGAACAUGGAGCCUGGUGAUAUAGACGUAUGCUUCGUGGUGUACAGAGAGUGGAGAUGAAGAAGAGAGCGAUGGAGCAGCACUGUAAUGACUUGAUGGACCACACAGGUUUCAAAAAGAAACAGAUAAAUGUUAUUAUAGAGAGCUUUUAAGAUGCUACAUGCUCGAACACGACUCUCGUCAGGAUGCCCCAACCCUGGAUUACCCGCACUUAGGGCUCGUUGGUUGGAGCCUCCAAGAAUAUCACGUGACUCCUGAUGGACAGCAGGAGAGGCUAUACCUUCAGUUACUACAUUCCCUCCCCCUUUAAUUUUUAAAGUUUCCAUUUACAGAGAACAUUUGAAUAUCCAACAACAUAUACAUAUAUACAAAUUCAGGCGAUUAAAAAUUAAGUCUCUGAGGUACUCUCAUUUGAUUAGAGUGGCAUAGCUCUACCACUGAGGUUCCCCCACAGGAUUAACAUGAUCAGGAACUGCAGCACGAGAUAUAUCAUUAGAAAGUGGCAACUCUACAGAGACAGUGGCAACGCGACAGAGACAUCGGGCAUGUCUAUUCUUGGUCAAUCUGUCACCUCAGGGAUUUAUGGCUCGAUGUUAAUCACAGCUGGAAUAGUUGGUUGUUAGCAUGUCUCUCUAUCAUGUGCUUUCAAACUACUUGGUCUUCCACUUCCACCUGGAAGUAUAAGGGACCAGUUUCCGAGACAAUUGUACCAGGAACCCAACAAGGUCCACUGCUGAAAUUCCGUACAUAUACUGUAUCUCCUGCAGUAAAUCUUCGAGCUUUGCUAUGAAUAGCGUGAUUAAAUUUUUGGUUACUCUGAUUCCUCUCUACCUUCCCCUCUAAGUUUGGAAAUGCCAAGCUUAACCUUGUAUGUAGGCGACAUUUAAUUAAUAAUUCAGACGGUGUUGAACCCGUAGUCAAAUGUGCCAUUGUACAAUAACUGAGAAGAAAGUGGGAAAGUCGAGAUUCUAGCAUACCUUCUGAUAACCUUUUCAUACCAGAUUUGAAAGUUUACACAGCUCUCUCAGCUAAACCAUUCAAUGAGGAUUGUAUGGGGCUGUUUUAACAUGUCUGAUUCCAUUUAAACUCAUGAAUCUCUGAAACUCUGUACUGGUAAAGACUGUACCCUUAUCAGAAACAAUGAUUUCCAGUAGGCCAUGUGUGCUAAAACAGUGAUGUAGCUUCUCAAUAGUUGCGCUCGAUGUUGAUGAUCUGACUUUAUGUACGUCCAUCCAUUUAGAAUGUGCAUCUACAAUCAACAAAAACAUGGUGCCUAAGAAUGGUCCUACAUAAUCGAUAUGUAGUCUAACCCAGGGUCGACCAGGCCACCCCCAAAGAUGCA